AUGCGCUGUCACACUGGAGAGGAGGAAGGCUCCGGCAGCACUGGACAGGCGGGAGACUCCAGCAGCGCUGAACGGGCGGGCGACUCCAGCUGUGCUGGAGAGAAGGAAGGCUCUCGCAGCGCUGGACAGGCUGGAGACUCAGGCAGUGCCUUAGAGGAGGAAGGCUCUAGCAGCGCUGGAGAGGUGGGAGACUCCGGCAGCACUGGAGAGGAGGAAGGCUCCGGCAGCACUGGACAGGUGGGAGCACCUGUAGGGAUGAGACGGAGAGACAGCCUGGUGCGGGGGGCUGCGACCGGAGGGCUACUGCGUGGAGGUGGUACCGGAUAG